AAAAUGUCUUCCGGCAUGAAAUUUCUUUAUUAUAAUCAAAAAACACCUAUUCGAAGGACUGUAUCUUCUAACCCUGAUGGGCAUCGUUUAGAAGAGUUGAAAAGACGUUUUCGUCGUAGUGGAAGUUUAGGUAUUCCUUUCUUUCCCGAAGGUGAUGAUGGAAAUGAAUUAAAAGAAUUAACAAUUGAAGAAGAAACUGAAGAAGAUGAAAAUAUUGGUAAUGUUAAGGAGGAAGGGUCUAGAUUAUUAACAAUUGUUGUUCGAUCACAAAAAGGAACUCAAAGUUUAAUAAAUAUGAUGACUGCAAUACCUAAAGGCACAAUCGUUAGACAUUUUGAAUCUCGCGAUCCAAAAGAUGGAGAGAAAAACGAAUUAGAAGUUUUACUUGAAUUAGAAUUGGAUUUAACUACAAAAACAGAUGAAAUGUUUUCUUCUAUCCAAAAGGCUGGAUUUAAUGUUAGAGAAAUUAGCAGAACUGUUGCUCCUCGUGGAGCUUUAGAGCCCUCUGAUCCUGGGUCUGCUGAUGCCCUUUCUGGAGCUCUUUGGUUUCCAAAAAGUAUUUAUGAUUUGGAUAUUUGUUCAAAACGAGUUAUAAUGUAUGGGGCUGGACUUGAUGCUGACCAUCCGGGAUUUAAAGAUAAAGAAUAUAGAAGUAGAAGAAUGAUGUUUGCAGAUAUUGCAAUUAAUUAUAAAAUGGGAGAACCUAUUCCACGAAUUGAAUUUACUGAAACAGAGAAAAGAACUUGGAAAACUGUUUAUCGCAAAUUAAGAGAAUUGCAUGAAAAAUAUGCAUGUCAAGAAUUUUUAGACAAUUUUGUUUUAUUAGAACGUUAUUGUGGUUAUUCUGAAAAUAAUAUUCCCCAAUUAGAAGAUGUUAGUAAUUUUUUAAAAGCAAAAACUGGUUUUCGUGUACGUCCAGUAGCUGGUUAUUUAAGUGCUCGUGAUUUUUUGGCUGGAUUGGCUUUUCGUGUCUUUAAUUGUACCCAAUAUAUUCGUCAUCAUGCUGAUCCUUAUUAUACACCCGAACCAGACACAGUUCAUGAAUUAAUGGGGCAUAUGGCUCUUUUUGCUGAUCCUGAUUUUGCACAAUUUUCACAAGAAAUUGGAUUGCUUUAUUUUUUCUCAAUUGAAUUUGGACUUUGUUCUGAUCGUUCACAUUCAUCUAAAGAUAAAAUAAAUUGUAAUAAUUCAAAUGAAGAAAAUAAAAUUAAAUAUAAAGUUUAUGGGGCAGGAUUACUUUCAAGUGCUGGGGAAUUACAGCAAGAAUGUCUUAUAAGUACAUUCCAAAGUGCUUAUUUCUUUACAAAUGAUUUUGAAGAAGCCCAACAAAAAUUACGAACAUUUACAUCAAAUAUGAAUAGACCUUUUGUAGUUCGUUAUAAUCCAUAUACAGAAAGUGUUGAAGUUUUAAACAAUAAACGAUCCUUGAUGCUAGCUGUUAAUUCUGUAGGUUUUCUUUCUGAAUAG